CCUUAAGUCUUAACCAAAAACGACGCCGUUUGGGCUCUCUUUGUGGUUUAUCCCUACCAAAGGAAAUAAACAAAACAAGAAAUGAAAUGGUGAGAGUGAGCAGGGUGCUUCUGAGAGAUGCCAGGGUUGGAAUCAACAAGACUCUCUCUGAGAUACUUGUUUGCCCACUAUCCAAGCAACCAUUAAGAGUAUGUGAGGAAUCAGGUUCUUUGAUCAGUGAUGCCAUUGGCGUUUCUUAUCCUGUAGUGGAUGGAAUCCCUUCCCUGGUGCCAAAGGAUGGCAAGAUACUUGCAGCUGAUGACAUUGAAAAACCAGACAGUGAUGUGGCUUCGGAUUCUGCCAACAAGGAAUAUCAAAGUGGUACUCUCUAGCUGAAUUUUGGAACAUGAAAUCUAAUGCAUCAUCAAGAAGAGGAUUUUCUUGGUGGGUUAUGACAAUAGUCUGACAUAUUUGUCUCAGUUGGACAAUCUCUUUCAACAGAUGCACUAUUCUUUCCAAGAGCAAGUGGAAGAUCACAGUCAAUUGAACAGUUUAAAUGUCAAUUGUUACUUCAAAUCCUAUAUUUCUAAUUAAUCUAGUGAAUAAUUUAUCAGCACUUCAGUGCAUCUUCAGCUGGAACCUUUUACAGAUUAAAUAUGUUUGAGGUAGAUAAUGUUUCAAGUGGAGUGAUUCUGUACUACUAAAUUACUCUUGUAUCUGCUCUAUACAUCGAGGGUUUAUGUUGUUAGGUUGGGAAA